UUUGUCGACCAUAUAUUUUUGUGAAAAUUGUGAUUGUGUUGUUUUUGUACAAAAAAUGAUUACCAUUAUUAUAAUGAAUGAUAACAAAAUAAAGGAAUUCUUGUAGUUGUUUCAAACAUAAAAGCUUUUACAACUUUUACAACAAAGCAAAGGCGUUCGUAAACUGUGGCGUAUUACUAACUUCGUUAAAAUUUAGAAUUAGAAACAAUUAUUUUAUAUACUGCUAUUUUUAAUUAAUUGUUUCAAACAUUUUACGUUUAUUAUGAUAUUGACUUAUACAUGGGACACACAAAGGAUUAAGAACUGAACGAUAUUAUGUAUACAUUUGUGUGGGGUAAUAACCACCUGGGCCUCAGGAAUUUAUGGAAAGUAUGUUUAGCACGACUGGUAUGGUAGCAGCACCGCAACAAGCGACGGGCCAGGUCGCAUCAAUCGGUAGCACCACCCUGCCUAGGUCACACCAUCAGAGACCAGGCCGUCCACCUGCAGCUCCAAAAUCAUAUGACUACUUGUUAAAAGUUUUACUUGUGGGGGAUUCUGAUGUUGGUAAACAAGAGAUUUUGCAGGAUUUAGAGGAUGGUUCUGCUGAUUCGCCUUUUUGCAGUGGCAGUGCAUACAAAACAACAACAAUCCUCUUAGAUGGCAAAAGAGUGAAGCUACAACUCUGGGAUACUUCAGGACAAGGCAGAUUUUGUACAAUCAUUCGUUCAUAUUCAAGAGGUGCUCAGGGAAUUCUACUUGUAUAUGACAUAACAAAUAAAUGGUCCUUUGACAGUAUUGACAGGUGGCUUGAAGAAGUUGAAAAGCACGCCCCAGGAGUACCAAAGGUGCUAGUGGGUAAUCGGUUACACUUAGCAUUUAAACGACAAGUACAAGAACGCGACGCUGAAAUGUAUGCAGCUAAAAAUCACAUGGCCUUUUUCGAAGUGAGUCCGCUCUGUGACUUCAAUAUAAGGGAAAGUUUUUGUGAGCUCUCGCGGAUGGCUCUACAUCGUAAUGGCAUGGAAAGAUUGUGGAGGAGCAAUAAAGUCCUCAGUCUCCAAGAGCUAUGUUGCCGUGCGAUCGUAGCACGAACAUCCGUAUAUGGACUCGAAAGACUUCCCUUACCGAGCACGCUCAAGUCUCAUCUCAAGUCGUAUGCGAUAUCAGCCGCUCCAUCGAGACAUCGCGCUAGGCCCUCGAAACACUCGCACCAUACACGACUCAACUGUACUGGGAGAAAUUCUUGCAGUAUCACAUAAUGGUUAGUUAAAAAAAAUGGCGUCAUUAUUUAACAAAUUAUUAGACUUCGAUAUGCAAAUUUGUUCAACUUUCCGUCAUACUUACUUUUGUUAUAUAAAUGAAUGACAUCAAUCAUGUAUUAAAAACUUUCUCGAAGUUUAUAAUAAGAACAGAUUAAUUAUGAAGCUGACCACAUUUGUAUGAAGAAUUUGAAGUUUUUAUUCCACUAAUUUGUCUAAUGUAUAUGUAAGCGUUUGCGGUAAAUAGUCAUUAUAAUAUAAUAUAAAUGGGGAUACCCAUUUUAAACCGCCCAGCUUCUAAAUCCUAAUAUCAGUUGUAAUUGCAACAAGUAAUUUUUUUCUAUGUAAAAGAACAAUUAUUACGAAUUACGACUAGUAUUAUGGGUCUAGAACACGUGCAAAACUUCCAAGCAUUAUUUGUUUUCAAAUAUUUUAUAGACUGAAUUUGUUUGCCCUCAAUUACCUUAGAACUUUUUAUUUCUUGUAAAAAAGACAUUGAUCACCAUCUAUUUUUCAGUAAUUGCAACCGCAAUUUUUUGUCUAUGAAUUUUGAGGUUAUACUUCAAAGUUGGGCAUAGAUUAUGUUCUUUGUAUUUUUUAUGGAUAAUUCAUUGACGAAUACUAGCGAAAUAUGCGAGAUUCGAAUUGACAAAAUACUGGCUGUAAUUGACAACGGAUUUGUGACUAUUGUAAGCUAUUUAGGGUACUUAACUUGUGAAUAUGUGUUAUUUAUUAGUAUUAUGUGAAUAUUUUGUAGCACGGCAUUUCGCCCUCUGUCCAUAUUAUUCAAACUCGUGUAUCGUCAUGUGCCUAGUGGUAAGGUUAGACUAUGGUGCAAUUUUUACAAGAUUUCACAGCCUCAUUGAUUCAGCCUUGGUGCAUAGCUCUGAGUCCAUAGAAUUAUAAAUAAGUCCACUAUUGUACGCUAAAUAAACACCAAUUCUCUUAAGUAUGUGGGGUUAGUAUAAAUUUCAGCGAACAAUCUAAAAAGGAACGCUUAUAUCGAAUAAUUCUUUUGAAUUCGCUCCCUUGAUAAACGUAACAAUAAUUUACGAUGCCAUUUAAAAUAGGACCUUAAGUCAACUAAUAAAAAAAUGAUUCUUUUUUACGAAUUUUGCUUUAUUAUAAACGGGAACGUUUUCGACAAUUCGACUAAUCAUUUACUAACCUCGUGGAUAAAUCUGCACUUUUAAAUUCAUGGGCGUCAAGUAUUUUUUAUCUGUGUAUCUUUAUACUACGCAAAACUAAUAAAUUUUGUUAAAUCCGUCCCUAGGUAACUUUUUCUUAACAAUUUUUAUAAGUUAAGAAAUAUUCUUUAAAUUUCUGAAACUGUACCCAUUGCAUGUCAAAUUUAAUAUAUAGGAUAAGCUUCAUGAAGUACAUGUAUUUAUUAAUCCUAAUUCCUAAGUCAUAAUUUUAAUCAAUUUGUAUUCAUCAAAUUUUGUAGGUGCGAAAAAUUACUCAAACCAAAAAUAUUUUCAUGUUAUUUUUUGUAAAUAGUUCCUUCAAAAUUAUUUUGAUUUGUUUAUUUAUAUACCCUUUAAAAAUUAAUAAGUUAUCUUUUGUACAUAGUAUGGUUUCGAUUGAACUAUUUGUGAUAGUUUUAAUAUAAUCCAAAUAUACUUAAACCAGCUAAAAGUUCGGUGAAUACAGUCAAUAACGUUAUCACUUCUAUUGUAAG